AAUGGACACUGCCGACAUUCAGGGAAAGCUGCUGGCCUACUUCAAUCAGCUCAGCCCCGAAGCCCGCGACCGCCUCCUAGCCAGUGCCCCUGCCCAGGAGGCACAGCCUCAACCCGCCUCGGGUUCAGGCAAUGCCCAGCCGGGACAGACACUGCCCACCAAGGCCCCGCCACCGGUGGUCACUGGCCAAGCCCAAGCCCAAUCGCCUGAAUCGGACUCGACGCCCAAUUCAGCCCCGGAUGCCUCAGCCUCGUCUUUGCUCGCAGACGAGCUAGCCGAUUUGAAGAAGUCAGCCUCCACCCGCCGCGGGCAAAAGGCGAAAGCCCUCACACGCAAAGAUUGGGACUUCAUCGACCCAGCCCAAAGCCUAUCCUGGUCGCCCGACCAGAUCCGCCGAGCCCAUGGGGAUGGCCGCGUCAUUCCCAGCCUAGUUUUCAAGAAGGAUGGAGUCAAAGUGCCUGAGGCGCUCGUGAAGCACAUCGCCAACACGCUCCCCUCGACAGAGGCCGAGACAAGCCCAUCUGCCCAGCCUGGCCCACUGCCCUCGGUCUCCGAGACCCGCCCAGCCUGGGCCGACAUCCAAGAGGAUGAGGCCCUCAACAAGCCCUUGCCCAUUAGCUCGGACAGCCCUGUAAUCGAGGAGGCGCCGCCAGCCCCUCCUGCCAAGAGUACCCCGCCCAGCCCGGGGCAGAGCUUGCCCUCGGAGCCCACCAGCAAGGCUGCGCCUGAGCCAGAAGCCCGCCCAUCUGCCUCGCCAACCAAGCCCAACCCUCGCAUGACCAUGGUCUACGAAGGCAGGACCUGGCACAACUUUUGGGGGCAGGACCCGCCAGCCAAUGCCAUCUCGGUGGACUGGGACUCCUUCUGGUUCACUCUCGAGGAAGAGCCCACGGCAGCCCAGCCCAAAGGUCCUCCUUCCUGCCCACCGCCUGCACACCCGCCUCAGCAGGCCCAAGAAUCCCAUCAGCCGCCGGGAACCAAGGCCCCGCCGCCGCCUAUGCCGCAGGAGCCAGAACCAGCCCACAAAAAGAUCAAAUGCUCCGUCUUCGGAGCGGAUGGCUGGAUCCUCAGGAAGGACCAGAGGGGUCGGGUGCACAUCACAGAAGCCGACUACGCCAGCCUAGUUGCCCAUGCCGACCAGGGAGACCCCCGAGCCCAGGAAGUGCGCUCCUUGGGGUUCAACAUUUGGGCCCCGCAAUUUGUCGUGGGCCCAGUGGUGCCUUUCUCCAUUAUCAGCCCACCGCCUACACAGCCGCAGUCGGCCCCAGCCCAGGAAGCCAACACCUCGCCUCCCACUGCCCAAGAGCAGACGGACUCGCAGAACGCCCAGACCCAGGAUGACUUCACGGACCUACUCGGCCUAGGGCAAGACUCCUCGGAUCGAGGCCUCCGCAACCCCUUCCCGAACCCACAGCGCACAGGAGGGGACUUCCGGCCCAAGGCAACCAGUGCCAGGUCCAUGCCCUGCCCACACUUGCUGAUUACGCCCAACGCCGAUAGACGCUACCGAGGCACCCUCAUCAUGCCCAGUGUGUCUUCUACGUGGACCAUCGAGACCGCCUACGAUGCAUAUUAUGUCGGACACCGACAGUGA